UACAGUUUAUAAUCUGCUUUUCCACACAUUAGUCAAUGCCAAAUAUCUUUUAAUUUCUCUGUUUAUCGUUAAAAACAAUGUGUAUAUCAGUUUUUAUUUAUUACCAACACCAUGUGUAACAGGCAUUGACAUGACUAUUACUAUAUAUCAUAGAUAUUAAUUUAUAUAAAAUAAAGAGACCUAAUGUGAAUUUCAUCAAUUAAUUUUAAGCAAUACGAGUGCAUAGUAAUAAUGUCCGACAUGAGUGUACAAAAUUCGGCCGAUGAAGAAAUCAAUGAUCAUUAUUCAUAUCGAAAAAAUGUGCAAAUGCAGAAUUCUAAAAAACCCAAAAUCACUAUGAAAGCUAAACCAAAAAAACAGAAAUUAAUAAUGGUCAACACAAGCGAUCAAAAUUCAGAUGAUGAAGAAAUUGAUGUAUGUGCACCGGAACUUUAUAAUCAUCGGAAAAAUGAGCAAAUGCAGAAUUCUAAAAAACCUGAAACCGUUAUAAAACCUAAACCAAAAAAACAGAAAUUUCAGUCGCAUUUAUUAAAACUGGAACAAGAAUAUAAUGGUUUAACAACUAUGGUUAAUGAAAACUGCAUACGCGUAAAAAAAUCAGAUGGUGGAAAUUUUUGUAUCAAAAUACCCGAAAUCAAAACAGCAAGUGAUUAUUUGGUUAUUCAAAAAUACAAAACAUCGGACAUGGAAAAAGUAGAGUCAAAAGACAGAUGGAAAACCUCAACGUUCAACGCAAAAACUAUGCUGAACGAAAAAGAUAAAGCUGACAAUACAAUAAUAUCGGCAUUUAAUAAUUUGCAAGAUUUAUUAAUGGAUAAAUUUAUGUGUAACAACAACAAAAAAAUUGAAUCUUAUAAAUAAUAACUAUAUGUUUAUAUUAUUAUAGUUUCACUAAAUGAAACCCGUCAUUAAUAUUUGUGUAUUUUUUAUUUAUUACCAAACGGUUAAAAUAUUUGUAUUCAAUUUUAUUUUAGAAAGCUUACAUUUGAUUCAAUAAUUUAUACAAUAUGAUUAUAUUAUGGAAAAUAUUUUGGUUUAUUUU